AUGCAUCAUUUAUUCCUUAUAAUAUGGUACGUCAUUUUAAAUUAUCAUGUAAAGGGACAAGAAUCUGCUACGAAUUUUUAUAAGUUCAUCGAUUCAUUUGCUUCAUCUACGUACAUAUCUGAAGAGUCAGGAAGCUCGGCUUAUGAUGCUAAACGUGCUAUUCAGAAUAACCCGAAUUAUUGGUGUAGUUCAGGAAACCAUUCAAAUGAUGAAGAAAUAACAUGGACAGGAUAUUUAAAUACUAAAGGUUUUAUUAAAGGUGUAAAAAUAUCAUGGACUUAUAGCCCAGAAUUUGUUAAAAUAUCUGUUUCUACAGAUGGGGAAAACUAUCGUACUGUUAUUCCAUAUAAAAAGAUAUCUUCAAAUGAAGCUUCAUUUGAUGAAAUAUAUUUUUUUAAAAGAUUAGAAGAAGCCAUGUCAAUAAAAAUUGGUUUAAAGAAUGCCACACACAAAUAUUUUGGUAUUAGAGAAGUGAAACUAAUAGGUGGUGGGAAUCCUUACUUUUUAUUAUUAUCAGGUAUUACUAGUGAAGAGGAAAUGUGUUUACAAGUUGAAGAAGGUUUAGUUAAUAAUGAUAAUAUAUCAAUAAUUUUAGAUUCUUGUACAAAUGCUUUAGCUAGCGGUGAUGGAAGAGAAUUGUGGAAAACAAAUUCAAAUAAUCAAAUUAUUAGUGCUUUUAGUGAUCCUCCUAAAUGUUUAUCUGUUGUUAAUUUAGAUGAUUUAGAAAAUAAUAAAAUUGUUUUAUAUGAUUGUCUAAGAGCUUUAGAAGAUGGUGAUGGGAAAUCUAAUUGGAUUUUUGAAUCCAAUUCUCAAAUAAGAUUACAAAAAAGUGGAGAACCAUUUUGUAUUUCUCAAAAGAAUAUAUUUGGAAAUGUUCCAGGAAUUCAUGAUAUUCUUCUCAAUUUAGAUGUCUCUAUUUAUUCUAAUUCUACUUUAGAUGAUGAUCAUAAUCCAGAUAAUACCAUUGAUGGAAAUUUGAACAGCUAUUGGGCAUCUGCUACAUUCCCAGAUAAUUAUGAUCAUUUGGUAUAUUUAAUCCUAGAUUUAAACAAAUUAACAGAUUUAUCUAGAAUCAAAAUAUAUUGGGAAUAUCCACCAUUACAUUAUAAUAUAUCUGUCAGUACUGAUAAUCAGAAUUUCACGGUUGUGUCGGAAAAUUUAGCUAACCCAAGUUAUGUAACUGUCGAUUCAUUAAAAAAUAUGGAAACAAGAUAUAUCAAAAUAUCCAUGAUAAAAACUCAUCCGAAGCAUGGAGAAUUAGGUGAUAAUUUUUUAUAUGGAAUACGAUCUAUCGAAGUUCAAGCAAACAAUUUAGAAACUGUUAUAAAUCACUGUAGAGAUGCAGCUAAUUCAGAUGAUGCAAGAGAUAAAUAUUUUGUAGAAUAUAUUACGGAAUUUGAUAAAGAUUUAACUAAUAAAUUAAUAAAUCUUGAAGAUGAUGUAGCAAAAAAUGUAAGUUCUAUUAGUGAUAAUUUAUCGAAAUUAGAAGAAUUAUUACCUAAUAUUGAAACAUGUUUGGAGGAAAAAAAAACAUAUGAUGAAGAAUUAAAGGCGUCAAAAGAAAAAGCAAAUGAUUUAAAUAAUAAAUUAUCCUUAUUAACAUCUGUUAAUGUUAAUACAUUAGAUAGUGAUUUAUUAAAAUUAGGAAUUCUUCCUGGAGAUUCAUAUAACUUUCCAGCUAAUGAUUGUGCUGUUAUUAAGAAUGUUCAAGAAAACCCAUUAUCUGGAUUUUAUUGGAUAAAACCAAAAUGUUCCCCAGAACCUUUAAGAGUAUAUUGUGAUAUGGAUUCAAGUACAUCUAUUUAUAUUUGGAAUGGAAAUCCACCUAAAUCACCUGACCAUUUAAUAACAAAUAUGAUAAAUUCAGUUAAUGAUAUAAGACAACAUUGUGCUGAAGUCGGAUUACAACCAUUCAUUUUAAGAUCUAAAAAUCAAUUAAAUAGUUUGAUUUUGUCUUUAAAAAAAAUAGGUUAUUCAUUAAAUGGAAAAGUUAAUAUUCCCUUAGCUUAUGAUUAUUCCUGUGAUCAUGGAAGUUGUAGUGGUAGGUUUCAUGAUUUAUUAAAUGGAAAUAUUGACAUAAGUACAUUAAUAUAUUUGAAAGCAUCCGAAUCACCAGAUAGCACAAAAGUUCGACAAACUGCAGGAAUAUCAUAUGAUGAUGGAUCUUUUAAAUUUUUUAAUUUAGAAACUUCAGAUAUAUCUGCCAUUGUAUGUUCUACCAAUUCGACAGAGAAUGAUUCUGCUUUACAAUAUUUGAGCAUUAAUUGUGAAACGACUGGUAUGGAAGAUUCUUUUCAUUCAAUUGUUAAUACAAAUAUAGUUGUGUUGUGUCCUUUAGGUUGUGAUGAUGAAAAAUAUAAUGAUGCUUCGAUAUAUGGAAGUAGAGGUACCUAUUCAGAUAAUAGUUCUAUAUGUAGGGCUGCCAUACAUUCUGAUGUUAUAGAUAAUAAAGGAGGUUUAGUUAAUGUAACUAUUGAAUCUGGAAUGGACCAUUAUGUUGGAUCUGUAAAUAAUAAUAUAGAAUCCAUUUCGUUGAAUAAAAGUGAAAAGGGCUUAUUAGAUAUAAUACCUGAAGAGAAAGAAGGAAGUAAUAAUAUUAGAGAAGAAAGUAGUAUUUUUCAUCACAAAACAAUAAGGGUGAGUAGUUUAAUAGAAGAUUGUCCAUUAGAUUUAUUUAUGUUUAAUCAAACAUCGUUUUUAGAAAAAGGAAAUAAUAUAAAAAAAUAUAAAAGUAAUGAAUUAAAAUAUAAUGAAGAUGAAAAUAUGAUGGUUAAAAAUUUUCAUGAAUUAAUUACUAAUUUAAUAGAAAACAUUGAUGCUAUUCAUGGUGUGGAUCCUUCUGUAAUUUCAAUAGUUCAAGAAGAAACUAUACGUAUAAUUGAAAAGGCAAAAAAAGAAUUAAAACCAGCUGAUAUAUUAUCAAAAAAACAAAUUGAAGAUGCUAUGAAUUUAUAUAAUUUAACUGAAAAUUUAGCUAUAUAUUUAUAUGACUUAUCUUCAAAAUAUAUACAAGAUUUAGAGAAGCUUAAAAACAUUUUGGAAGAAUUAAAAGGAGCACAAAAGGUUGCUCAUAAUUUUGGAACAUUUAAAUUGAAUUAUGAAACCAUGAAUUUUUCAACUCAUUUUUCUUUAUUUGAUUCUAAUUUAAUAAAAAACAAGCAGAGUAUUUGGGGAUAUUCAGAUACUAAUAUAUUGGGACAUGAAAAUAGUAUAGGUCAAAUGAAUAGUGUAUCAAGUCAAGAAAUAGGGGAAGGGUAUUAUGCAAAAUUGAAAGGCUUAAAUUUUUAUGACUUUGAUUUUAAUAUAAGUGUUUUAAGUAGAGGAACAGGUUGUUUAGGAGUUGUUUUUCGAGCUAAAGAUGAUUUUAAUUUUUAUUUAUUUGACAUAUGUGAUAAAGAUGGGACAAAGAGAUUAUCAAAGGUCGAAAAUGGACAAGUACAUAUAUUAAAAGUGUUAUAUUCUGAUGUAAUGACAAAUAACCAAUGGAAUAAAUACAAAAUAACAACAAAGCAUGCAAAUAUAGAUAUAUAUGAAGUAGAUAAUGAUAAUAAUAUGAUUAAAAUAUUAAGUUCUUUAGAUGAAAGAUUUUUAUCUGGUACUGUUGGUUUAUAUUCACAAAUAUAUGGUUUAGGAACAUUUUUUGAUGAUUUAGAGGUGAUUGCUCUUCCAUGCACACAAUUAUCUCAAAUGAAUACUAUGAAUAAAAAUGUAAAAUCAAAUUGUCCUUAUUAUAAGGAAAAUUAUUUAAAUAAUUUAAUAUCAUAUGAUAUUACAUUUAAUCCUAAUGAUUAUUUUAAGUGGAGUAUUGAAAAGGACGAUGAGCAGAAUUAUUUAUUAUGCUCAAAAAAUGAAGAGCAGGUUAAAAAUGCGAGUGAUGAAAAGGAUAUAUAUACUAUAGCCUUAUUAAAAUUGAGAGAAUGUACCGAUGGUACAUUUAAUUUUGAUAUUCAUGUUUCUAAUGAUGAAAAUAGUAAUAUAUCUAAGAACUUGUCUUAUAUAUAUAUACUUUUCCAUUAUAAAGAUGAAAACAAUUUUAAUGCUCUUCAAAUGAAAGAUGGAAAAUUAGCAUUCUUGACAAAUAAAAAUGGGAAUACCCUCAUACUUUCAGAAUCAAAUGAAGAAAAAAAUAAUAGUAAUAAAAAUAAAGAAAAAGAAUUUACAUUUGUACAGAAUGAGUGGUUACAUGUCAAUUUACAUUUUAAUAAAUCAACAUUUAAUGUUGUAAUAAUGACUAAUAAUAAUGAAGAUAAAUAUAUCUUAUCUGCAAAAAGUAUGAAUGGUGUUGAUAUAGGAAAGGUUGGGUUUUUAGUUCAUAAUUUUGAUGAAGUAAAAUUUGAUUCGAUAUUAUUAACUUCCCCUUCUGUAACAAAAGUAGAUGAAACUUUUCUUCAAGUAAAAUCAAAAACUUGGGCAAAUUGUGAAGAUUCCAUACAUGUAUUACAUAGAAGAUCCUCAUGUGAAACUGAUAUAUAUCCAAAUGAAACAAAAGAAAAACAUAUUAAAUGUAUAAAAAAUUUUUGUAAAGAAUGUUGUUUAUAUCAUACACAAUUAUUAGAUAGUAAUGAGAAAAAAGAAUGUGAAAAACAUUGUAAGCAAAAUGAUAAUUUAGCAGCAAAAAUGCAAACUCUCUUUGAAAAAUUUUUAAACAGAUGUGUUUCAUUAAAUGAAAAUGUAGAUUAUGAAGCAUGUGAUAAAAAUGAUAAGAAGUGUAUGAAUAAAGUUUGUGUACUUUGUUGUAAGAAACACGACCCAACAACAUCGACAGAAUUAAAGGUUUUGCCUAUGAACCAAUUUAAGAAGAUACAAGAGAACGAAAUAAUAGAGUGUCAAUUACAGUGUAAUAUGAUUCACUCCAUAUAA